CCCGCCCCCGCCGCGCCUGGCCGAGGCGAGCGGAGCCGCGGGCGCUGCGGGCGGACAAGAUGGCGGCGCCGGGCGAGUACUUCAGCGUGGGCAGCCAGGUGUCCUGCCGCACCUGCCAGGAGCAGCGCCUCCAGGGCGAGGUCGUCGCCUUCGACUACCCCAGCAAGAUGCUGGCGCUCAAAUGCCCCUCUUCCAGUGGCAAGCCCAACCACGCAGACAUCCUGCUCGUAAACUUACAGUACGUGUCAGAAGUGGAAAUAAUCAACGACCGCACGGAAACGCCUCCCCCUUUAGCCUCCCUCAACGUCAGCAAGCUUGCCAACAAAGCGCGGACGGAGAAGGAGGAGAAGAUGAGCCAGGCGUAUGCAAUUAGUGCUGGUGUCUCUCUGGAGGGGCAGCAGCUCUUCCAGACUAUCCAUAAGACCAUUAAAGACUGUAAAUGGCAGGAGAAGAACAUAGUUGUGAUGGAAGAAGUCGUCAUUGCCCCUCCGUACCAGGUGGAAAACUGUAAAGGCAAAGAGGGAAGCGCCCUGAGCCACGUACGCAAAAUAGUGGAGAAACACUUCCGGGACGUGGAAAGCCAGAAGGUCCUGCAGCGUUCACAAGCACAGCAGACACAGAAGGACACGUCCCUGUCGUCCUGAGGCCACCUCGGGCUCGCCCUGUCCCCGCGUCCCCUCCCCGGAGGCGCCGCCGGGGGCACCUUCAACUUUUAUUUCCUUUUUUUUUUUUUUUUUUUUUUUUUUUUUUUUUUUUUUUGGGGAAUCUCAACCAAUUCCAAACUUUAGACUUUAAAACAAAUGAGAAAAGAGAAUAAUUUAAAGCUCCUCACGCAUUACUUGACUAACAGACUUUGUUUCUCCGCCAUGGUUUCUCCCUCCAGCCGGUCAGACUCCGUUAAUUUUAUUUUUUGGCGUUUUUUCUUUUCCUUUUCCUCCCACUUCCUGCCUCCCUCUUCCCCAAAAAACCCCCCAGAAAAUAAAGCUAACGAGCUGACUGUGGUGGCCAACCCGGGACCCUCGUGACCAGUGUGGUCUCGUUUUAAUUUUGUUUGCACAGGGCAAGGCUUGAAUUAGUCUUAUUUUUCUUAUCUUUAAAUAUAUAUAUGAAUAUAUAUUAAAAUGUUCUUUAAAUAUUUGUCUGCUUCUGGCAGGGUCGUGGCAAAAAAUCCCUCUAACCACCCCCCUGGGAGCAGCCAGAACCUGGAUUUGGGGUUUUCCCCCAUUUCCUUUAUGUUUUUAAUUUUUUUGCCCUUUUUCAUUUAAUUUUAAAUUGUGUUUUGAAAUUUUUAAAUUAUUUUUGCCACGAUCCACCCCCUCCCGUUUUCAUUUCCUUUCAUUGUUUUUUGGUUUUUUUUUGUUUUGUUUUAAAGAAAAAAAAAAAACAAA